UUUAUAGUGCAGUUUUAGGUUCAGAGCAAAACUGAGUGGAAGGUACAGGGAUUUUCCAUAUUCUUCCUGCCCCUCCAACAGAUAUGCCCUGUCUCCCUCAUUAUCAACGUAUCUUCCCAGAGUGGUACACGUUUUAUAACUGAUGAUCCUACACUGACACGUCAUCAUCACGAUGAGUUCAUAGUUGACACGAGGGUUCACUCUGGGUAUUGUGCAUUCCAGGCGUUUGGACAAAUGUGUAAUGACAUGAAUCCACCAUUUGAGUAUUACACAGAUGAGUUUCACUGCCCUAAAAUCCUCUCUGCUCCACUGAUGCUUAUUCCUUCAUCCCCCUGAUCCCUCAGCCCCUGACAACCACCGAUCUUUUUAUUGUCUCUAUAGUGUGGUAUUAUUUAAUGUGUUUUGAAGUUGCACUGUUGCCCCAAGACAUCAUAUGAGUAGAGGGAUAACCACCUCAGCCAAGAGUAAUUUGGUCUGGGGAGGUCUCCACCGUCAGGACAAAGGCAUUUCAGAACCAUCCUAACAAUAGUGUUCCCAUAAGUAACCAGACACUGUUUGUAUCCAUGGCAACAUGGCUCCACGAGCACUGCUUCCGAGGAGCAGCUACCCUUCCUGGGCACUGUCAAGAGUUUUUCUUCUCUGACAUCCACUCCCCUCUUGCCCUGGCACACACCCCAGCCCAGGCACCAGGCAUCCAGGGCCUUCUGUGACUUUCCGGAUGCACUCCUUCACAGCUAGAAUGUGGUUGGCUUGUUGACUUCUGUUCCCAGCAUAGUGAACAGUGGGCACUAUAAGCCAGUAGGCAUUCAACUGAUGAUUCUUCAAUGAAAUAAUUGAUGCCACAUUUAGGUCUGUCUUUCUUGUGUGUUACAACUUCUGUUCUUCAACAAAGCCCCCAGAAUAUUCCAGAACUUUGAGGUCUUAUCUGGGGAUUUCUCAGAUGUUGGAGUACCCAGGUAUCACCUGCUGAGCCAGUUUCCCUGGCCUCACCUGCAGGGGAUCUGCAUCGGUAAAUCUGGGGCAAGUUCAGUACUUUGCAUGUGAGCACAGAUCCAGGUGUUUCUGAACCUGGUGGUCCAGGGACUGCUGCAGGAAGGAACCAAUAGAACUGCAGGCCUUAGGCGCAGUGGGUCUCAUCCAUCUCUACCUAUGGCAGUGGCUACAAGCCAUGCCCAGGCCACAUGGGCACAUGCCUUCAGAAUUAUUUUGUGGGAUGGAUGAGUUACAGAACUGGAGCCCUAAGACUUGAGUUCUAAUUUCAGCUCUGCCAAUUGCUGGCUGAUUGAAACUGAACAAGCCACCUGCCUUCCCUGAGACUGUCCCUUCUCCUGUGAAAUUAGGGCAUUGGAAUACAUGAAGAUCUCUUUAUGUCCUUAAUAACCUGUAAGUUUAAGAAUCUAGGAAAUCUCCAUGCUGGUGGCUGCAGUUAUAUCCCCAUAUCCUCAAUUCAUCAAGAAAGAGUCAAAAAUGGCAGCAGGGUUGUGUCAACUGCUCUCCUUAGCAGCUAUCAUAAGGGAAUUGCCUUUGUCAUCUUCCCCAGCCACCACCACAUUCCCACAUGGCCACCAUCACCCGAACCAUCUGACAGUGGGGGUUCCCUCCUAAAACUGAGAUGCAGGGCCCCACCGCAGGCUUUUCUUGCUGGCUGCUCUCCACUCCCACCCAAAGGCGCAGUUUUGCCGGGCUGCACACCUCCGAGAACUCAGUGCUUUGUGUUUUAUGUUGUUUCAUAUCCACUAGUGUUACAGAAACUGCUGCAGACCAGGGACCAAAAGUCCGUAGGUUCUACUUCUAGCAGCGACACUAGUGAGAUGAAUGACUGCUGGCAAGUUACUUUAUCUAUCUGACCUCACCUCCCAUGUACAGCAUUGGGUCUCUGUGCACAUUUGUGGUUCUAAAUCCUGGAGUCCAAAUCAGAAUUCUUUGUGCAAAAUAUACAUAGCUAGGUCUUAACCUUGGAGAUCCUGACUCAGUCCAGGCAAAGAUGCAGAUCUUGGGGAGGAAGCAACUCUCCAGAGGAGUCUCACCUUCAGUGAGUGCCAAGAUCUCUCCUGUCUCUCGGUUCACAAUGUUACCCUAACUAAUCCAUACUCUGAUGUCACCUGCUAACAACUUAGCCUGUGGCAUCAAACCAGUACCCCGUUUGCAGCUAGUACAAACACUUCUUUACAUUUAAGUUUUGUUUACGAGAUUUAGCCUAUAAUAAUAGAGGCUGCCAGUUGGGUUUCAAAUGUGUAUGUUCCAUUGCUAAUAGGAAAAACUGCAUCUAUUAUAAAACUUCUCUCUAGGAACUUAGCACAGAGGCAGGCCUUGUAUGGCAAGCAUUUGAAAACCCAUAACCAGUAUUCUGAACUGUGUUUUAAAUCACCUGAGAACAUUUCUUGAACGCUAGUCUUUGCUUAGAGUGACGAACCUAUUAAGUGGUUCCGUCAGUUAAGUUUGCAUCUAAGCAAUGUCUGAAUCGCAGGAGGAAGCCAGGAGUUGUGUCUGGCUUUCUGGCCAUACAAAUGGCAUGUGGAAAAGUCAUUGUGUAUUAUUAAUAGCCUUUGAUGCAUAUUAUUAUGACUUUCUCACAAUAUUAAUAUUAUUGGUUUUUAUUAAUGUUAUUUUUAUAGCAAUGCUAAUAUUAUGAGCUAAAACUUUCUGAGCGUCUGCUGGGUGCCAAAAAUUCUUAUAAAUGCUUAACAUGUAUUAGCUCCUAACAACACUUUGAAUUGAUUCUUAUUGUCUUCACUUGACACAUACGGGAAAUAAAAACCUGACCAUUAGACCGAGUAUGGUGGAUCAUGCCUGUAAUCCCAACACUUUAGGAGGCUGAGGCGGGUGGAUCACCUGAGGUCAGGAGUUUGAGACCAGCCUGGCCACCAUGGUGAGACCCUGUCUCUACUAAAAACACACAAAAAAUUAGUCGGGCACGGUGGUGAACACCUGUAAUCUCAGUUACCCAGGAGGCUGAUGCAGGAAAAUUGCUUGAACCUGGGAGGCAGAGGUUGCAGUGAGCCAAGAUCGUGCCAUUGCACUCCAGCCUGGACAACAAGAGCAAAACUCUUUCAAACAAACAAACAAACAAACAGAAAACUAAGCAUGUGAGGAGUUUGGCCUGGGUGGUGGAGCUUGUGAGCUAUGAGCUGGAAUCUGAGUGAAGGCUGGGCUGGUGGAAGGAGUUCACUCAAGCUCCCAAGGUAUUCUAUCCUCCAGGACUCUGAAUCACAGGGGAGGAGAAGGAAUUGUGGCAGGCCUAACACCUCUUCUUUCCCAAACACCAGGAGCAGGUUCUGUAUGUUACAACCAUUGAGGUCACAUUCUUGAAGUGCAUUUUGGGGAAGUCAUUAUUUUGGCUACAGCAGGGACUGAUGUAUCAGUCUAUUAGAAUUCAGAAAAAAGUAAGCAAACAAAAAAGGUGUUGGAAUUAAUUUUUUCUAGCAUUUUGAAAUGUACAAUUGGUUCAUGUUAACUAUAGCCACCAUGAUGUAUUGAAGACCAGGUCUUAUUCUUUUUAUCUAACUGUACAUUUGUACCCAUUAACCUAAUGCUCAUAGCAUCAAGAAAAGAUCAAUAUUUAAGGUGACAAAUAUCGCAAUUACCCUGAUUUGAUUAUGUGAAUGUGUUGGAUUAUCAUAUACACCCCCAAAAUAUGCACAUCUAAUUGUAUCAAUGAAAACAAAGACAAAAAUUAAAGCUUUUACAG